CUCUCCUCCCUUCUCCCCUCAGAAGCGAGUCCGGGGCGGAAGAGGGAAGGUCUCCUCGGUGGGCCUCCCGGUUCCUUCCAAGGCUGAGGGAGCAGAAGGCGCCGCUCCGGAGCGCUCCAUCUCGAAGCUCCCCUCGGAGUAAAUCAGACGGGGCCUACUUGGAGGAGGGACUGUGCAGGCUCAGUUCUCGUCUUGAGAUGGAAGGCUAAGCCUUGGUAGUUCAAGCAGAAGUCCUGAAGAACAGGAGUUGCUGCUGUGCCCAUUUCCCCAGCAGGUUUGGCAGCAUGUUCCAGCUGCCACUCCCUUUGGAUCGGGACGGGACCCUCUUCCGGCUCCGUUUUACCACCCUGGCAGUCGGGACCGUGUGCUGCCCACUCUUUGGCUUCCUCUUCUGUGUCAUCUGGUCCCUGUUCUUUCACUUUGAUGAAACCACUGCCACCCACUGCGAUGUCCCCAACUAUCUCCCCUCCAUCAGCUCUGCCAUUGGUGGGGAGACCCCCGAGCGCUACAUGUGGCGUUUCUGCAUCGGGCUGCACUCUGGGCCCCGCUUCCUCGUGGCCUUUGUCUACUGGAGCCACUACCGCGGCUGCCACUGCACACAUCCGGGGUACCUCCGCCUGUGCAAUGCGGCCUUCGGCCUCAACCUUCUAGAGAACGCGGCCCUCCUGCUGCUGACCUACGUCUCCUCCUCUGAGAACUACUUGAUCCACGAGAACGCCUUCAUCCUCUUCAUAGCUUCGGCCCUCAGCCACAUGUUCCUGACUUGCGUUUUGUGGCGAAUGACUAAGAAGCACGCAGUAAGUCCCGAGGAGCGCAAGUCCUACAAGUGGAAGUGGUGGCUGUUCCUCUUCAACCUGGUCACGUUCUCAGUAGCCGUCUACUUCUACUUCCGCCACAACUGGUACUGCGAGCCCGGAGUUUACACCAUCUUUGCCUUCUUGGAGUACCUGGUGGUUUUUUCUAACAUGGCCUUCCACAUGACUGCGUGGUGGGACUUUGGCAACAAGGAGCUUGUGGUCAGUUCCCAGCCAGAAGACAAACGCUUCUAGCAAAAGCCUGCCUUUGAGCUGAGGGAAAGCCUCUGAAUUUCUUGCGGCGAGGAGCAGCAACAUGCUUGCCAGUAUCGGAUCCUUCCGGCAGGCCCCAGGACAUUUCAGAAGGGGCGCCUGCGACUGGGCUGAAAAGAACCAGCGGGCCCCGUAGGAAUUGGGACCCUGCUGUCAUAUGUCUGGCAGCAGAGCAGAAGGUAUGGCUGGUUGACAGGCCUUUUGACCAAUGGGACAUCUUUUUAAAAGUAAAAACAAACUCAGAACGUGCUCUGCUGCCAACCCAGGACAAGGACAGAACUGGCCCUGGACUAGCCCACUGGGGCUGUGUGUUGUGAUGGUGGCAAGUCCAGCGGCUCUCGAAGGCAGAGACUCCUUGCCCGGAUCUGGGACUUGCCUGCAGGAGGUUGUUGUGACUCCUUUUCCCACCUGGCCCUUAGCAGGAACGCUGAGUGGUUGUAGCCAGUCUUUUUUCCCAGUGGGGUAGAGGGGAGUGUCUAUCUUUGCCUCUGUAAACGGCAGCCUGGCCUCCUUCCGUCUCAUUCCUUCUCCCAAUGAGGUCCAGCUCUAUGAUAGAUGCCUGUCACUGAGCUGGGCCAAAGUGCCAAACCCUGGGAAUGCCUGGACUUUAGAAAUAAAAUGGGGCUGGUGGGGAGGGGGGUCUCUCUUCCCCCCCUUCCCCAGCUUCUGCACUGAAGUUCCCUAAAGCGAGUUGUGCAUAUUCUGCCCAUUGGAACGAGUUCUGCACGGCAUCAGCACCCCCUUGCAGCCUCUGGGAGCUAAUCAUCUCUGCCUAUCUGCUGCUGGAGCUCCUCUGUCCUUGAGAAUUCACAGACCAUCCCCCAAAUUCCUCGAAACCUCAGGCAGGCAGGAGUUGAGGGGGACAGCACAGGUGGGAUCCAGUUGCUCUUGACUGUGAUGUUUUAAAGGUACCAGAAAGGAGCUGCUUUGGACAUUGUUGAAAGAACCACCUGGAGAGUUGGGCUCAGCUGGGAAAGAUUGGGCUGGGAGACGUAAAGCAGAAAUAUGUCCAUUGAGCUGGGAGGGUGCAGGAGCCCUUAGAGGACCAAGUAGAGGUCCUCAACUUAACCCUUGCACACCUUGGGUCUUGAUCCAGGCAAAGGGACACAAAUGCUUCUCCAAGCAUAGAGAUGCAGAGAGGCCCACUUCUCUGCCCUGCUCAGAGCCCACCAGGCCUUACUAGCAAGAGAUCAGAAAGAAGUGGCAGGAUCAGGCCACUUCCAUGAGGUCCCAGAAGCCUCAAGGGAAGAAUCCUAUGGAAAGGGUAGUUUGAGGCUGAUCCAGAGGUCCAGCCUGGGUCAAGCAGGGGGAUAGGCUGGAGCAGAGGGAUGCCACCAGCCAGGGGCAUGGCAUCGAUCGGGAAGAAGGGGAAUGGCUGAGGAAAAAGCUCCCAGGAAAUGAGGGCUCAGGGCAACCAGACUGAGUGCCGGUAACUUGGUUCCCCAGGUAAGAAGCCUGGGGUCAGAUGGUGGGGUCAGGCUGGCCAAGGAGCUCUCCAGAAAGGAGGCUUCAAGAGAGCAGCUUGUGAUGCAGCUACUAGCCCAGGGUUGCUGUUCCAAGGCAGGGAUGUUCUGGCACCAGGCCAGGUUUUCUCUGGGGCUGCUUGUCCUCCCACAUCCCUGGUGUGCGGGCCUCUUCGCUGUCUCUGUGGCAAGGUGGGUGGGAUUGUACUGCCAGGUGUCUAUUUUCAUUGGCUCCCCCCUCCCUCCCAUGAUGAAAUAAAGCACUGAGUAUUUUUCUCCA